AUGUUUUAUUCGUUAAAAAGCAACAAAAACUUCUUUAAUGCAGGAUUAGAAAAUGGGUUCACUACCAUUUUUUCAACGAGUAAUUUUGGAGGAAAGGAUUCGAAUACAGGACAGGCAGAUCGACUUCGAGACCCCUUGGACUCUAUUGCAAACACAUCAAAUAUGAAGGUAGCUAAGAAAAAGCAAAAGCGCGAGAAACGAAAGAAACACAAGACAUCGAAGACGACCAAAUCGAGAAAAAGAGAGCGCUCGAAGAGGAGUCCAAGCAGCAGCAGUGUCAGCACUUCAAGUUCAUCUCCUCCAUCAUCAAAGCCGACUAAAAAACGAAGCAGAGAUUUCCCUCCGAAACCAAAAGAUGCAGAUAGCACCGUUCCCCUAGACUGUUUGCUUCACAAGCGAAAUCUUUUGGCGGAGAUAGCCGUGAAUUGUUUGGAUGCAGGCAAGCUCGCAAGCAUGAUUCCAUUUUGUCUGAUUGAUCGGACGAAAGAAGAACUUAUUCAAAAAGUGACUGAAGAAUUGGAGGUAAUGUCCAAGAAGCGGAUUUUGGCAGCGCUUGAAGGAAAAGAGGCAUCGAGUAGUAGUGAAUCGGAAGAAUCGGAACAAGAGUUCAAACCUGAGGAGAAGGGACAAAGCCAUUCACCGGAAGUAAACACGCCCAAAACACACGAUUCUAAUGAUAGAGUGUCAUUAACUGAAGAGACGACUCCUCCGCAAUGUUCACUGGAAGAGGGGGAAAUCAUUGAUGGUGCCGAU